AUGAAGUUCGACGGAGAUCCGAUCCGUUAUGAGCUGGAUUUGUAUCUCGAUUGUCUCUACAGCACGAUCGUGUUCCUGGUCGGUCUUGCGGACAUUUACAUUUUUUCUCGGCGGCGGAGUCUGGCGAAAGCUCUGAAUCACCUCCAUUGCAUCUGGACUUGCUCCGGAGCAUCCGGGUCAGGAGUGGCUUCUCUGAGCCUCAUCGGAGGCCUCGUGAGUCUGGUUUUCUUCGUUUGGCUCCAGUGUAGCCUGGUUCUCAGGGAAGUCGUCCACAAGAACACGAGCCCGAGUGCGUUCGAAAUUAUGAAAUCAUCCUUGGUUGGAUGGCUGAUUUACAUGGGCUUCUUGACUCCUGUGCUGCUCCUCUCUCUGAUGGUGUUCAUAUAUGGUUCCUUGACAAAUGCUUUGAAGCAUUUUCUCGAGAAGACGGACUACGCGGAAAGAGACACGGAAGAAAAAUCAGCGGUGAUCUUAAGAGAUGUCCUAGAGCUGACGAAUGAACUCUCUUCGUACAUAUCGCCGAUAUCCGCAACAUGUUUUGGAGCCUUGCUCGCCUUGGCCAUGCAACACGUGUUCCUCCUCAUGAAUCCCAUGACGCGUGCGUCCGUCAACCCUCGAUUCGUAGCAUCCUACUGGCUCUGCGUGAUUUCUGGACUCAUCAUCUCACUCAAGUUAAUUGAUGUGUUGUCAAAGCAGAUAAGUGAAUGGCGACUCGCGCUGGAGGACAGGGCUGGUGCGAUCAAGGAUAGCCUCCCCCUUCUGAAGCGAAUCAAGCAUCCCCCAACAGUGAUUGGCCUGUUCGAGCUGCGUCUUGGAAUUCUCCCAUCGAUAGCGGCAUUCGCUUUUAGCUACUUCAUGACUGUCUUGCAGCUGAAGACAAUCAUUGUGACUUCCACCAUUCAGAAACCAACGAAUUCAUGUACAUCCAGAACGACUUGA